CGGCGCUCGCGGCGUCUCCCGGGAAGGAGCGCCGCGCCUGGGGAGGAGGAGCAGGAGCGCGAGCGGAGGCUGCCCAGCCCGGGGCCGCUACGGUAGUCGGGGCCGCCGGAGAGCCGAGCAGCUGCCGCGAUGGAGCAACUGUCAGAUGAAGAAAUUGACCAUGGUGCUGAAGAAGACAGUGACAAGGAAGAUCAGGACCUGGACAAAAUGUUUGGAGCCUGGCUUGGGGAACUAGACAAACUUACUCAGAGUUUGGAUUCUGACAAGCCCGUGGAACCAGUAAAAAGAUCUCCUCUUCGCCAGGAAACAAACAUGGCCAAUUUUUCUUAUCGCUUCUCCAUAUACAACUUGAAUGAAGCUCUCAAUCAGGGAGAGACUGUGGACCUGGAUGCUCUGAUGGCCGAUCUUUGCUCCAUAGAGCAGGAGCUCAGCAGUAUUGGUUCAGGAAAUAGUAAGCGUCAAAUCACAGAAACAAAGGCUUCUCAGAAAUUACCUGCUAGCCGACAUACAUCAAAACAUGGCACCUUGAAAGGAUUGUCUUCUUCAUCUAAUAGGAUUAGUAAACCUUCACAUGCCAACUACUCUCUGGAUGACAUCACUGCACAGUUAGAACAGGCCUCCUUGAGCAUGGAUGAGGCUGCCCAGCAAUCAGCACUAGAAGAUACUAAGCCUUUAGUCACUAAUCAGCACAGAAGAACAGCAUCAGCAGGCACAGUGAGUGAUGCUGAAGUACGUUCUAUUAGCAACUCCUCCCGUUCCAGCAUCACUUCCGCAGCCUCCAGCAUGGACUCUUUGGAUAUUGAUAAAGUAGCGCGCCCUCAAGAACUGGAUUUGACACAUCAGGGGCAACCAAUUACUGAGGAAGAACAGGCAGCAAAACUGAAAGCUGAGAAGAUCAGAGUUGCCCUAGAGAAAAUUAAAGAGGCACAAGUGAAAAAGCUCGUGAUUAGAGUCCACAUGUCUGACGACAGCUCUAAAACAAUGAUGGUGGAUGAGAGGCAGACAGUGAGACAAGUGCUGGAUAACCUGAUGGACAAGUCCCACUGUGGUUAUAGUUCAGACUGGUCGCUAGUAGAAACCAUCUCUGAGUUACAAAUGGAGAGAAUCUUUGAAGACCAUGAAAACUUGGUUGAAAAUCUUCUCAACUGGACAAGAGAUAGCCAAAACAAACUUAUAUUUAUGGAGCGUAUAGAAAAAUAUGCACUUUUCAAAAACCCACAGAAUUACCUCCUGGGGAAAAAGGAAACAGCUGAGAUGGCAGACAGAAACAAAGAAGUGCUGCUGGAGGAAUGUUUUGGUGGAAGUUCUGUAACUGUGCCAGAAAUUGAAGGAGUCCUUUGGUUGAAAGAUGAUGGCAAGAAGUCCUGGAAAAAGCGUUAUUUUCUGUUGCGAGCAUCUGGCAUCUAUUAUGUCCCUAAAGGAAAAGCAAAGGUCUCCCGGGAUCUUGUGUGCUUUCUCCAGCUGGACCACGUCAAUGUUUAUUAUGGACAGGAUUAUCGAAACAAAUACAAGGCACCUACAGACUACUGUCUGGUGCUGAAGCACCCACAGAUCCAGAAGAAGUCUCAGUACAUCAAAUAUCUUUGUUGUGAUGAUGUGAGGACCUUGCAUCAAUGGGUCAAUGGUAUCCGCAUCGCAAAGUAUGGGAAGCAGCUCUACAUGAACUACCAAGAAGCCAUGAAGAGAACAGAGUCAACUUACGAUUGGACUUCCUUAUCCAGCUCCAGCAUUAAAUCAGGAUCUAGUUCUUCCAGCAUCCCAGAGUCUCAGUCAAAUCACUCUAAUCAGUCUGACAGUGGAGUUUCUGAUACCCAGCCCGCAGGACACGUCCGCUCCCAGAGCAUCGUAAGCUCCAUCUUCUCCGAAGCCUGGAAACGAGGCACUCAGUUAGAAGAGUCCAGCAAGGCCAGAAUGGAGUCUAUGAGCCGACCCUACACAUCACUUAUGCCUCCUUUAUCCCCACAACCUAAAAUAGUCACCCCCUACACUGCUUCACAGCCUUCCCCACCCCUGCCUCCCCCUCCCCCGCCACCUCCGCCUCCUCCGCCACCUCCCCCCCCACCACCUCCUCCUCUCCCCAGCCAAUCUGCACCUUCUUCUGGCUCAGCAGCCACAAUGUUUGUCAAGUACAGCACAAUCACAAGGCUGCAGAAUGCGUCUCAGCAUUCAGGGUCCCUAUUUAAGCCUCCACCAGCCUCAAUAAUGCAGCCUCAGCCCUUGGUCUCACAGUCAGUAAAGACUCAGAUCCUGGUGCCCCCCAGUGGAAUUGUCCCCCCACCCCCUCCUCCUCCCCCACCUCCAACCCCUGGCUCGGCUAUGGCCCAGCUAAAACCAGCACCAUGUGGCCCAUCCAUUCCACAGUUCAGCCCCCCACCCCCUCCACUGAAAAUUCAUCAAAUUCAGCAUGUUACUCAAGCAGCUUCUCCCACACCCCCACCUCCUCCCACUCCUGUACCCCUGCCUCCCCAAGCCCCCCCCAAACCCCUAGUGACUGUGCCCCCACCAACCAGCACCAAGUCUGGGUCACCCGUUGUGACACAAGCUGCACCACCUACAUCUGCUCCUCCAAUCCCUCCAGCAAAAAAGCAGCCACCUUUUCCUGUUUCUCACGUUCCUCCCUCCCCACCUGCUCCUCCUGGUCCAGUCCCCCCUCCGACACUACCUAAACAGCAGAGCUUCUGUGUGAAACCACCUGCCUCUCCGCUGUCUCCGGUGCCCUCUGUUGUGAAGCAGAUAGCCAGCCAGUUUCCUCUCCCUCCCACCCCUCCUCCUGUGGAAUCACAGCCCUUAAAGCCCAUCCCAGCAAAUGUAGCCCCCCAGUCUCCUCCUGCUGUGAAAGCAAAACCCAAAUGGCAGCCCAGCUCCAUCCCCGUCCCUUCUCCAGAUUUCCCUCCUCCUCCUCCUGAAAGCAGCCUAGUGUUUCCUCCUCCACCGCCACCACCACCUCCGGCCCCUGCACCGGCCCCACCGCCACCACCUGCUAUCCCCACAGCUUCUCCCACCCCUGACAAAAGUGGAUCUCCAGGCAAAAAGACCAGUAAGACGUCCAGCCCUGGGGGAAAGAAGCCACCCCCAACCCCGCAGCGAAACUCAAGCAUGAAAUCCAGCAGUUGUGCGGAGCACCCCGAGCCUAAGAGACCCUCGGUAGACAGUCUGGUCAGCAAGUUUGCAUCACCAGCGGAGCCCUCUGGGUCUCCCAGCAAGGAGACACCACCACCUCCUGCAGCACCUCCCAAACCUGGAAAACUCAAUCUUUCUGGUAUAACCCUUCCUGGAGUUCUCCAACAAGGGCGUGUGUCAGCAAAAGCAUCUGCUCUGAGUGGGCCUGGAAAGGACCCCGUGGUAGAAUUCCCUUCUCCUCCGUCAGAUUCUGACUUUCCACCCCCUCCGCCUGAGAUAGAGCUUCCUCUGCCACCCAUAGAGAUCCCAGCAGUAUUCUCGGGCAGCAGCACCUCUCCAAAGGUGGCAGUGGUUAACCCUCAACCACAGCCAUGGCCCAAAACGUCAGUGAAGAAGGCCCCUCCACCCACGCGACCCAAACGGAACGACAGUACCCGCCUCACUCAAGCGGAAAUCUCAGAGCAGCCAGCAAUGGCCACAGUUGUGCCACAAGUGCCCACCUCACCCAAAUCCAGCCUUAGUGUCCAGCCUGGAUUCCUGGCUGACCUCAACAGGACACUGCAACGGAAGUCCAUCACCCGACAUGGCUCACUCUCUUCCUCCCGUAUGUCCAGAGCAGAACCCACGGCCACCAUGGAUGAUAUGGCACUGCCCCCGCCUCCCCCUGAACUGCUUUCUGAACAACAGAAGGCUGGUUAUGGAGGCAGUCAUAUAUCAGGCUAUGCAACGCUGCGGAGAGGACCCCCUCCUGCUCCCCCCAAGAGAGACCAAAACACCAAGCUCUCGAGAGACUGGUAGCCAUAGUUUAUUUUCAUGAUCUCUGUAAUCAGUUCUACAGUCAGCUCACCUGAUCUAUGAAUUCAGAUGUUCAGAGCCUCCUGGUGUGAUGUCGCCAUUCAGGUGGUAUCCAGCUAUAUAUGUGUGUGUGCACACAUAGCUAUACAUAUAAAAAAAAAAUAUAUAUAUAUAUAUAGCGUGUGUGUGUGUGAGUGUAUGUGUGUAUAUAUGAAAGCUGAGGGUAAUUCUAUUUAUUCCCUUUGUCAUAAUCUGAAAAUGGUUUUGUGUAUUUGGGGUGGAAGAGGUAUGGAAGGGGCUGUGUGUCCUGUCCCUUAUGAUUUAUCUAUCAUAUGGAUUGGACCAAAAACUUCUAAUUACUUAUUUAGAAGGUAUUUCAUUAGGGGCUGUCCAUGUGUGGCCUGUUUGUGCAUGUUGUAUAUUAUAUAUUAAUGAAUAGGUGUAUAAUGUGCUGUUUCUCAGUUUUGAGAAGACAGCCAGAAUGUCUGGUCAGGUAUCUAUGGGGCUUUUGUUCUUUUCCCAGUUGACUGAAAUUAGAACUACUUGACUGACACUUCAUUACUGUGUAUAAGGGGGCACUUUAAAUUGGGAGAAUCUCUUAGCUUCAUAGAACAGGUCAUUUGUGCAGUGUGGGGAAAUGUUCACAGACUGUAGCUGUAAGUGGUUGUGCAUAGAACACAUUCAUGGUGUACCUAAACCAUUCUAGUUGCAGUACUGCUGCAGUGAUCCCACCCACAUGUAGGAUGUGGAAUAAAUUUUGUUCUGUCACAAGUAUGCUCUUUGCCUACCAUACAUGGAUAAUUUAGUGCUAUAAUCCUGCACAGUUCGUUCUUAGUAUCAUUUGAAUCCUUUUCAUGAGUUUUAUGAAGCUUAUUAAUCAACUUUGGCUUGACGAUCCUUGCCUUGAUUUAUUGUAAGAGAAUGUCCAGCACAAUACCCCUGUAUGCUAUGUUCCGGUAUGUCUUCAGGUCACCAGUUAUCUUAACAGUGUGUGCUUUGGGUAGAUGUUUAUAUUAGAUAUCUGUAGACAAUUGGUAUAUCAGGUAGACACAUCGGCCUGAUACGGUGCUUAUUACAGAAAACAAAGUCACUUUCUGAAAUGCCUUUUUUGUGUUUUGCUCUCCAGAAGGAUGGGUGAUUAGAAAAGAAUCAGACUGGCCCUGUAGGUGUCUUCAAUCAAGUCAGAUGAGUUUUAAACAUACAAAGAAUCCAUUUAAAUUCAGAAUUAUCAAAGACGACAGAGGGAAAGCAAAUAAACGAGAUUUGAUAGUUUCAUCCACAACUACUGGAGCACACUAGGAUCCUUGCUGGUUGUAGCCAGGUCACAAGGUGUUCUGAGGGGGUAGUGAGGUCCAACUUCAAUAUCGCGUAUGUGUGAUCGGGUAUAACAUGCAGUUGUUGCUCUGCUGACAGAACUCAUUGUACUUUUGUUUUGUUUUGUUUUGUUUUUCCUGUGAAUUUUCUUUGGUGCAUAAGAGAAAUGUGUACUGUCUCAUCAAUUUAUGACAUAAAUUGACCGUAAGGAAUAAAAUGCAGUCUCAGAGCUGCUUUUAAAUAAGAGGAUACAAACUGGCCAUUCCAGCAAACAUAAAUGAGCGUAUCUUGUAACAAAAGUAUAUAUGCCUGUUGUGAACAACGAUUACCAGUGCAAACUGCAGAAGUCUUUAGACUAAUAAGGAAAAAGUGAUGCCAACGAAGUAGGGCAGGAAUGAGAGAUAAUUUGCAGUUAAGUGGAAGUUGUACUGUGUACACAGGAUGCCACCAUAACCCACCCUCCCAGAAAGUAUUGUAUCAUAAAGUGGCACCUCUCCGUUGUCAUAUCUCCAGUGUCUCCUGGACAUUGUUCAAUAUAUUCAUGUGGUUAUGGAGCAAUAAGUAUGCCAUUGUGCAUUUUAAAGUCCUGCUUCUUUAAAGACACUUUUUGGUAUCUUUUAAAUUGUUCACAAAGUUUCAUGUGUCUGAUAUUCUUGUGCUUAGGAAGUGACCCUGAAUGUAUCUGCAUUGCUCAUGUCAGCAUGCACAGCAAAGCUGGUAGCAUUUGAGCACAGAUUGCCAAACUCCAGUGUGACUCAUGAGUGAAGUAAUUGGCCACAGUCUUCUGCCUGCAGCUUUAUGUUCUUAGGAUCACCCUUAUUUUGGGGUUUAAAGAGUUAUUAAGAAUAGGGAUCCAAUUUUCUAAACAUUCACCACUAGGUGUUUUUAAAUUUGGGGUGUGGUCUCUUUUUAAAAUAUGAAACUGGAUAGCUUCAACUUUCCUCGAGGAAAAAAAAAUGCACCCUCCAUUUUUUUCUCACCCCUGAUUUGAGGCCCCUAGUCUUUCAUUCAGUGUGGGAUCUUCUGAGAUAACAUCCUGAACCGAUGCUUCUGGCGGACGCCAAGGAGAGCUCUCUCUCCAGGGCCAGAUGAGGGAGUGUUCAUUUUUACCCCCAAUCCUGUGGCUUGUCUUUCAGGAUGGAAAUAACUAUUAAUCAGUUUGUUUUGAACUUUGUUGUGUGUGAAACAACUGAAUCAAGAAACUGAAAUGAUGCUUUCAAUUAUAGUUCUAGUGUUUUACCCAUGUUGUGUUUUUAAUUCAGGUUUUUGUUAGGCUGUGGGUUUUCUUGUUUGAGACAAUGCUGUAUUUUUGUAGCUGUUCCUUUUUCCCUCUCUGCCCGAUGACACUAGUACUGUGUCGCCUUUCACCACCUUCUGCUCAGCAGCUCUAGCCCGGCCUGGUUUCUUCAGGUCAGAUGAGGAAAACUGGACAGGUGACUUGGCUCUACUGAAAUGAACAGCAUGGUUGCAGUCUUACUGCUGUUGAGGGCAAUGUAAACAGGUACCUAUCGGAGUUAGUGACUUGCUUAGCACCCUUAAUUUUUACCAUAAAUAAUUUCAAAAUUGGAUCACCCUAUGCUUCAAAGUUUUGCCACCAACUCUGAAGGGCUGCAGAAUAUUACCUAUUCAUAGGUAGUAAUAUAUGACUAUUCUGUAUUGAGGAGCCUUGGCGGCACAGUGGUUAAUUUAAGUACUUAGCUGCUAACUGAAAGGUGGGUGGUUCAAACCCACCAGCCGCUGCGCUGGAGAAAGAUGUGGCAAUCUGCUUCCAUGAAGAUUCACAGCCUUGGAAACCCUUUGGGGCAGUUCUGGUCUGUCCUGUAGGGUUGCUACGAGUCAGAAUUGACUCAAAGGCACCAGGUAUUCCGUAUUGAAAUUUUACCUGCUUGGCGUUUACUCAGAGGCAAAGUAAACAAGUAAAUAUACUUUUCCUUAGCUGCUAUAAUUCUCACUUGGGAAAAGUAACCAUUAAGGCUUUUACAGAUACCCACUUAACCAUACCUUUAACUGUAAGUCAGAUUUUUUUUUUAAUUGUUGGGACUUUUUAAAAUGAAAAAGAUUGUUGACUCUUAAGUUACAGAUUAUUUCAUCAGAAAAUUUCAAACAAAGUAAUAUAGAAAUGGCUUUUUAAUCCUCUAAAAUUAAGGCGCUCCUGCCCACGAAUGACAUAUUCUAAGGGUUGUGAACUAUCCUGGAAGUUUCCUCUCCGUGUGAGUUUGUCACUGGAAAUAAUGCAGAGUUUAUCAAGAAAGUUCAUCUAAACAAUACUGGGGGAUUAUGAAUAAUAUAGUAAUGACAACACUGAGACCAAGGUUAAUAGGAGCUCUAGAUCAAGGUUAAUAGGAGCUGUGCAUCCCAUUCAAGUUUCAAAUGCUGCCAUUCCGGGAGCACAAGCUGCUGGUGUCAGGGAGUGAGGUUAUAAAUUAGCCUGAGAAAAUCUUCAGAUAAUGGUAUGUCUUGGUCUGAUUCGUUUAUUAAGCCACCAGUAGAACCCUUUCUCACCUUUGUCCCUAAGCUAAAAGCAAUUUCAUGCAGUUUCAAACACAAAGUGAUUUUUAAGCAAGUAAAAAGCCUAUUGUCAUAGGUUAUUACUAAAUUUGUCAUUUACUGUCAGAACAGACUAUAUAACUAAUGCAAUCUAACCUCAGAUUUUUUUCAAAUUUAGCCCAGUUAAAUCUGUAUGACCCUGUGUGUGAUUACAGGUAUAAUGCCUUGUUUAAAAUAAAAUAGGUAUAAUUAGAUUUAUGCACUUGGUGAGAGGGUGUCUAUUUCUAAAAAUCCCUUUAUGUUGCAGGUACCUUUGGUACUUUGUAUUUUAUACACAUUACAUUAUUGUAUAAAUCAGGGUUAUCCCUAAUCCUGGAGGAAUAUGUCACCUCUCACAAAGUUUGAGAUUUGGCCCAAAGAGAUGCAAAUAGAACAGAAUUAAAUAUCUUUUCAAAUUUAUUUUCCUUUUAAAAUUCAUGACAUUUCUACACUGUUACUAGCCUAUCCCUCAAACAAAUGCUCAGUUCUUCUUGUGCCCUUGGAAAGUCUAUAUGUAAAAUAAUCUGAAGGUUAGCUGUAAAAUAAACUUGCUGUAUAAAAUUAGCAAAUCAACAUAACUUGAUACAACACUUGAAGGAAAAAAUAAUCUGCAGUUGGUUUGCUCUUUGCUUGUUGAACCAAUAAACCAUUUAGAAAAGAAUAUUUGUUAUAAUCCCCAGUGCCUUGAACUCUUUUGGAGGAACAGGAUAAAAAAGAAAAACAGACUCUGAGGUGCUAAUGAAGGAGAAGGCAGGUGAGUAUUUCUAGUUUUGGGAGAAAGAGAACAAGUGACUGUCUCACAGGAGAGAGCUUCAUCCGCCUAGAUGGGGUCUGGCUGCUUUCUACCAAAGACGUUAGACGGUGACUACUGCGCGCUGACAAGAUGGCUAAGUUCAGAGGUGACUAUUAAUCACGGAUGGCGCUUGUAGCAAGCUCAUGAGUGCUGAAGCCGUGACCUCUUCUUAGGUAGCAGAUGUGUUGACAGCACUUGGGGGCUUGGGGGGUGGGGAGGGACUUACAUUUUGGAAAACUAUCCAGUUCGUUAAAUUUAUUGUAACCUAAUACCAAAAACUGCCAUUUUCCACGAUCCCCCAUCUCCUAAAUUUUUUCUCUACUUGUAAAUAAUUCUCCUUUGAAAAUGAGCAUUAAAUGAAAUGUUUCAAAUGAUUUUGCUUAAUUUUCUUAUCAGCUACUAGUGAAAUCCUUUUAGAGAGAUGUACGUUUAAAAUAAAGUGUCAUUAGCCUGUGCUAAAUGUAAAAACAUUGUUUACUGUUUUAAAGAAAAAUUGCACAUUAUAUCUAACUGGGAUUGCUCCCUUCCGUCCCAGUUUCUUCUAAAAAUAAAUAACAAGGCUCACACUGACUUCUAGAUUGUGGGAGCUUUGCCGAAAAUAAAUGGACACAAUGUAGAAAUAUACUUUUUUAAAGCAUGAAAAAAAAGAGGACAAGAGGAAUUGCGUUAAAAAAAUGCCUGGUGGAGGACGUUACUCAAAGGAUUAUGCACAGCUUGGUAAAGAUGAAGUUACAAUUUUUCAGCUUUGUGGCUAUUAUUUUCUUCUGCAUAAAUGUAUGCUCUCAUUUCAUUAUGUGCCUUGCUCCCUGAUUGUGCAAAACUAUAUAGAGAGAUACAGAGAUAUAUAUAUAUGAGAGAGAAUAUUCAGUACUACUGACAUGUUUGUGUUCUAUCGCUGGAUUAAGUUAUUUUCCAAGUUAUUCUUGCCAGUUACUGUCAGUAAACUAAACUAUUGUAAUGGCUUAGGACAGUAGUAAUACACUCAGUGUAAAUUUGUUUUUCAGUUACAUGUUUUCACUAUGUCAGCUUACCCAAUCCUUAAUAAAAACAAAAACAUAGAUUUCAUUUAAACGUGAGGAUUUUACUUGAGUGUUUGUGGAUCGGCACCAUUAAGAACCUGGUUUUGCUUUCUAUGUCAAACCCGUUGCCGUCAAGUCAGUUCUGACUCGUGUUAGGGAUCCUGAAAAAUAGGCUGUGCAGUAAGAACAAAUCAAGUGUGGAGGUGAAUAAACUAUAAUUUGAUGUGUUCAAUCUGUUAACCUGUCAAGUAUAGUUUAUAACAACAGACUGGGGAGCUCUGGCAAUUAAAUACAUUAGGAGGUGUUAAUAGCUUUCCAUUAAGAUUUUUUUCUUUAAACAAAGCACAACUGUAACCUAGGAGAAAGGACUGCUUUUUGUUACAAAGCUUUGGAGUCACAAUUAUGUAUGUUGGGCUGCCACAAUCAGGGUAUGCAUAAAUGUAUAUUCUAAUGUGUUUACAAAUCACUAUCAUUUUGCCAAGUAGGACAAAAACACUGGAAGUCCUACUCGUUCAUUCACCAUUUUGGUUUCAUAGGAAUAAACACAGGCUUCUAGGACCAUGGAACAAAUAGUUACUCCCCUCGCACCCACCCCCCACACAAAUCCAUAAAGCAUUUUAAUGAAAUGUAGAAUUCCAGAGUAACCCAUAAGGGAUCAAUUAACAAAGUAAUAGGAUAAUUAAAGAUCAGACAUUGAACAUCUGUGAGAUGACUGCUGUGAUGCCUAAGAGGCCUCCUAUUCAUAAAUAAGAGCCCCCCUUUUUUAAAAUGCCCUAAAAUAUGUAUGUGUUAGCUGGAUAUUCCUCAGUUUUCCAUUCCACAUUAGCUGAUGACAUCCAAAAGAAACACGAUGGACUGGGAAGGUGGGAAACUACUGCAGCACUCUUUGUGGGUAUAUUAACAGAUGUAGUAAAGAAAAGUGACUGGAAAGGCCCAGGUUCACUUAGCAAAAAUAUGGAUAGAAAACAGUUCAUAAGUAUUUAGAGCAGCUGUCUUAAGAGAAAAAAUAGAGAUGAAACUUAAGGCUCUGUAUUUUAAAUAUACUUGAAGUCUGAGAAUACAGUAAUAAAAAGCAGCUUCCAGGUUUGAAGCAGCAGGAAAGUCAAGACUGCUCCCCAGCACAUUUAGGUGCCUGCCUCCUUUGAAAGAAAAGAGGUCUUUUACAUGAAUACAUUCACAAGACACAUAGAUGAUACACUUUGUGGGAUUUUAUUUAGGUCAAGUUCUUAGUACACAGCAACAAUUAAUUCCAGAUACAGUUAAAAAAAUGAAUGUUCCCCCACUCAUCUGGAGGUGGCUUAAUGGCACGCACACAAGAAACCUGACUGGCAACAGGCUGCUCCCUCACGUCUUCCUGUACGUGUGUUACUCCACUCACAACGCCAACCCUCCCUCUGGGAGCUCAAAGUACAAGUGGCCAGAUCACAAACUGUUUACAUUCCUUUUUGUAAACUAUUUUGUUAAGAAAAAGGUGCAUGGACACACGUGUAUGGUAAAAACUGCUUUUCCACAGAAUUCUGAAGUUGCAAAAGACAUUUCCAUUUUAAUGUGAAAAUAAGCUUUUUGUUCUACAAAAAAACCUCAAGAUAUUUAGCAAGGAUCAUUUAUACACAGCUAGGCCCUGUCAUUUGUCAAUUUUUUUUUUAAAGAAUUACAAGAUUCUCAAUUAGAAAAGGAACAAAGAUCAGCAUAAAGUAAACAUAAGGUAAGGAGCACAAUGCCUCUGUGUAAUAACUUUUAUAAGGCUCUCUCCAAUAUGGCUGUUGGCAGUGCUGUGCUCCUGCCGAAUGCUGCAAUGGUACGCUUUUCUGCAUACACCUUAUGGGGAAGACUGUUUGCACUGAGUGUCGUUUAGAAGGGUUCUGUACUUAGUCCACUCCUUUAAAAGACACAGAAUACUCUGAUGGUAUUUAUUGAAACAUGGCAUAUCUUUUCAAGUAUCUUCCUGAAGACAACAAGUAGAACUCUUUAAUUUUCAGAGAAAAAUACAGCACAUUCAAUUAAGACAGUUGUGCAGUGGAGAGAACACUGGGCAUCAAGUCAGGAACUCUACCAUAGCUGUUCAUCUGAAAUAAAACAUCUGCCCUCACCAAUGAAAGGAGACUGAACGAAAAUCUCUUCUAGCUCUAAAGUCUAUAAUUCUAAAUAAAUCACAUGGGGGAAAACUAUCACCUUAACACCAAACGAGUUUCUGGGCAGAGAAACACAGAAGUGAUUAAAAUUGCCACUCUUUAAGGACUUGGUAGGGAGUCAUCUGCCAAUUCCUCCAUCAAACCCUUUUAAAGGUAAAGGUGGCUUUCAGGAUAUGCCAUGCUCCACAAGAAAAGGUAGUAAAAGAUAAAAGAACAGUUCUUAAUACAGAAAGGUCGCCUGCUAAAAGAAAAUGAAAACAAAACAGAUAAAUGCCUCCCAGACAGAAAAAUCUUAACCUUUCCUUAGCCAACGAAAGACUGCUAAGGAACACAGCUACGUUACAGACAUCACUGUAAAGAUGUAUAAAACAGUCUCUCUAGCUGGGUAAUAAACAGCAGCAGGAAGAAGGGAAGAGGGGGAUGAAAGUGUCUCAUCCAAUACCUUUUAGGAACACAGCAAAGGUACUUGGCCCUUGCCAACCCUAACUCUAAAAUGGAAACAGCAGGUGCCUCUGAGACAGAAAUCAAGUCGCCAAAAGAUGGAAAAUAUUGAACAAGACAUCAUAAAAGAUUCAUAUUCCAAAUGGCAGACAAAUCUCUCAGGUCUAGAUUUUGAUAUACUGGCAAUAUUUUUGUUUGAUUUGUUGCCUUGGCCAUACUCAUAAGGUCAAAGACAACAAGAAAGUGUAUUUUCAUUCAUACCCUCAGGAAAUUUCAAAUAAUCCACCACCUUCCCCCCGCCAAGAAAAAAAAACUAUUCAGCCACUUUUUUUUUUAAGGAAAAAGGAGUGGACACACAAGUCAAAAAGCAGCACUCCACGAGGGACAAAUUCUCUCCCGUUAGAUUCCCUCUUUGUUGAUAAAAUGCUUGCUUACUGGUCAGCAGAUUUUAGACUUGGAUCAUCUUUGCCACAACAUUAACAACACGUAGCAUGUAAGAUUUCUGCAUUCGUUUGGAAUUCCUAAUACCAUCUUUUAGUUUAUGAAAAGAUAAAUGGGGGAAACUUACAGUAAAACUGGAAAUACUACCCUUACAGACUAUUAAUAGCAUGCAAUCUAAUAAAAUAUUACAUACAUUAAAAGUCUCCAAUGACUGUAGGCCUGGCCCAUCAUUACAUAGUAUCCUUCCCAGACAACCUAUAAAAUUUAAAACUGUACAAAAAAAAAAAUAUGCAAAGUCUAACAGGUACUGUUUUUAAAACAAAAAUUGCACACACACAUUAGUACUAAAUAAUACAGAAAAAAAAAACCCUGACCCCUGACUCCCCCGAUGCAGCUGCAGUAUAAGGGUUUCACCAGUGCCCUCUGCACGCCCCAGUCCAGCAGGAGUCCCCCAGGCGAGCUCCAUUUCUUGUGACCGCCACCAACUCUGCUGCUUGCACAAUUGUCUUCUCUACGUCUGUAGGAGUGAGCUGUGGGAACUAUUUCAUGGAUUUCAAAACACCCUCUGCCUUAUUAGUCCACUAAGCUUUCUCAGCAAAAAGUUAUUUAAUACAUAAUGGGAACAUCUCAUUUCAAAAAUCUUUUUCUAGUUAUAUACCUAGUUCUAAGACAAGGUUAACCUUUGCAGGGACAGAUCCAUAAAGGACCUACAGCCUCAGACGACACUCAGGGCCAUAACUUUUAAGGAAAUCAUUCAGUAAAUAAGGGAUGUUGAGAUGGUAACAAAAGAGUUAAGUGGAAUGUGUACUGAAGGCAAGCUAAUGAAAAGCUAAACCCAAAGUGUUGGAAAAAUCUAAAAGCAAAAUAGUUAUGCUAAGUUGCAACUUGUGAAAGAAAAAAAAAUGCUGCAACUUAAAAAAAUUCUAUAGCUGGGUGUCACUUAAAUGUGUGAUGAAAUUUUGUGCUCAGAUAACAGAUUUACGAGUGAAAUAUUAACUUCUGACUCCACCAUCUGGAUUUCCUCACACACUACUACUUAACACCUUCCAUUUUUCAGUCAAGUUCCUCUAUCACCUGCACUAUCCACUAUGUUCAAGGCCAACGUUUGAAAUAUAUGCAGUUGCUGCCUUACCCCUUUUACCCAGCACAGGGACGUUACCUGGCAAAGCUCUAUUCUGGCGAAGUCAAUGGGACUGGAAAGAACCCACGCUGGCAGCUUUGGGCUGGCUGUGAGUUGGCCCUUCAUCACAAUAUUCAUCUAAUGAGCGUCAAGCCUCCCUGGAUUUUUUUCAUUAUCUCUUAUACUGAUUAAUGAAGUGGAGAAUAAAGUCAUCUGUCCUACAAAUUGCACUGAAUUUGAAGCUAAUUGUUGUACAGAUUAAAAAAAAAAAAAAACUUUGUUUCUCUCAAAG